GGCUUCGUGGUGAUCUCAUGGCCAAAACAUACCUUCUUCAAGCAAUCCCCAAAGAAGUAUACGUUCUCAUUGACAACAUGCAAACAGCUAAGGAAAUGUGGGAUGAGAUAGAGAAGCUGCUCCAAGGCACAAGCAUCAGCCUUAAAACUAAGAAGACUACGAUUCUUAUUGCUUAUGACUCCUUCAAAGCAGGUCCAGGAGAACCAUUGAAUGAGACUUACAACAGACUCGUUCAACUGGUAAAUGAACUCAGAAAAAUCAAAGUAUUCAGGUCCAAUCUGGAACUGAAUAUUAGAUUUUUAUCCAGCCUGCAUCCUGCAUGGGAAAAGACAGUGAAGGAUGUCAGAUCUCGGAUAGAUUUGGACGAAAUUGACCUCUGCACACUCUACGAACAUCUGAAGCAAUUUGUCAACGAGGUUGCCUGUGCUGAGGAUCAUCACACCACAAACCCCUUAGCUCUUGUAAUGGAGGCUCAGCCAAGAAGGACAACCACUUCACUAAAGAAGAAAAAGAAGAAGGUGGUGGUUGAAUCAGAUGAUGAUGAUAGUGAUGAUGACAAAUCUGAUCUAGAGGCUGAGCUAGCAGACUUACAGAAGAAGAUGGCACUGCUUGCCAAAAGAUUUGCUAAGAAGAACAGCUCCUCCAACAAGCUGAGAACUUCCUCCUCAAACUACAAGCAGAAGAACCAUGAUCAAGGAUCUUCCAGAAAGGCGCCAUCAGCUGAAGACGCCCCCAAAUGCUACAACUGUGGUAAGGCUGGACAUGUCAUCAAAGACUGUCGCCUCCCAAAGAAGAAAGAUGCUAAUUUCUACAAGCAGAAGAUGCUGUGGAAUAAGCAGAAAAUGCUGAUGGUGCAGAAAGAAGAAGAAACUUCUGCUAUGAUUGCUGAGAAUGAGAACUGGGCAGAAGAUUCUUCUGAGGAGGAGGAGGAGGAAGACAAUUAUGCCCUUAUGGCACGAGUGGAGGAAGAUGAAAGAAAGGGUGAUGCUGCGAUCCCCGAAAGCGAAUGCUCAACAAGCUCUGGAAUGAAGUGAAGAAGGAAGGAGAAGAGAAGAAUGAGUGGAGGAAAAAGAGGAAGGAAAUCGCAGAUGGCAAAAAGAAAGUUUUUGAGAAUAAUGCCAGUCCUAGAUCUAGUUCUAUUUUUUACUCUAAAGUUAAUUGUAAUUCUGUCUCUACAAAACAAACUUCUAGUAGUUCAGUCUUGAGUCCCAAGCUGAAUAUUUCUGAGACAUCUUCUAGACAACGUUCUAUUUAUAAUACAA